AUGAGUAACGAAAAAGGAGAUAUUAAAGAAGACAAUGAAGAAAAAUUAAAUGUUGAAAGUGUUCAGAAUGAUAAGAAAGAAAAUACUCUAUUUGAUGAUAUAAUACCACAACAUGAUUAUAAAAGAAUAAGAACAAAUAUUAUAAAUGAAGAAAUAUUAAUUGAAGGAAUAAAUAAAUCAUAUAAUUUAAAAAGAGAAGAUAUUAUUAAAGAUUUUUAUUAUGCUAAAGUGUUAUCACUAGAAAAUAGGGAUAUUGUCCUUAUACAAAAUAUGAACCUAUUCAAAAAUUUAGAGGAACUACAUUUAAAUAACAAUUUAAUAGAAGACCUUGAAAAUUUAGAAGAAUUAAUAAAUUUAAAAAUAUUAAGUGCAUCAAAUAAUAAAAUAAAAAAAAUAAAAAACUUAAAUAAUUUAUAUAACUUAAGAGAACUUAAUUUACAUAAUAACGAAAUAGAAAGAAUAGAAAAUUUAAAUAAUAACAAAAAGUUACAAAUAUUAAUAUUAAGUAAUAAUUAUAUAAAACAUAUUGAAGAUAUUAUUUAUUUAAAAUGUUUGGACAAAUUAAAAUUUUUAAAUAUAAUUAAUAAUCCUAUAUGUAAUAUUCCAGAUCUCCAAAAUUUUGUAAUGAAGAAUUUAAUAAGUAUAAAAUAUUUUAAUAAUAUCAUUUUAUCAUCUAUUAAAAAAGUAGACACAAAACAUAUAUAUAUACAUCCCAAUGAAGAUUUGACAAUUUAUAAAUCAUCCAUAAUUAAAGAAAAAGGAAUAUCAAAAAAUGAAAAUUCAAAUCCAUAUUUUUAUAUUAAAAAUAAUUGUAGUGAUAUAGAAAAUUAUAAAAAAAAUAUAAGUGAAGCUUAUCUAUAUGAAUUAACUACAUUACCUGAUACAUUAUUUGAUGAAAAAAAACAGCCUCCCAUUUUUAAAAAAAUUAUUAACUAUGAAAAAAUUAAAGAAAUAUUUUUAACAGAUCUGAGGGAAAUACAUUUAGGAAUUAUUGAUAAAAUACUUCUUCUUAAUGAGGAUCGAAAAAAAUGCUCCUACCUUUUUGAAGAAGACGUAGAAAAAUUUAUCUCCCAGUAUAUGUUAAACAAUAUUGAAGAAUAUAACAAAUUAAAGAAAAGAUCCAAAAAGGUUAUACAUUCAUUGGAAGUUUUUUUGGAUCACCCCAAAGAAUUUGAAAAUAUGAUGAUGAAAAAAUGCCCUAAUUACUAUAAAAAGAAUAUCGAAAUAAAAAAUAAAGAACAAAUUAACAACAGUGUUAUUAAAAGAUUUGAAGAAAUUUCGAAAUCUUUAAAUUUAAAUAUAAUUAAAGAUGAUUUAUUAAACCUUGGUGAAGAUAAAGAAACAGAAACUUAUAUAACAGAUGAGAAGACAAAUAUAUGUACUAAUAAUAAUUAUAUUUAUGUUGAUAAAGAAAAAUAUAAUACUAUUAAAAUAUAUAUAGAAAAUAAUAUUAAAGAAAAUAUAUUUUUUCGUGAUAAAUUAAUUAAUGACGAAUUAAUGAAUAUCGUUGCUCUUAAUAAUUUUAUUGAAAUAUUUAAAACAAACAUUUCUAAAACUAUUAAAAGAAUAAAUGAUAACAUUACAGAUUAUUUUAAAAAAUUAGAUAAACUAGAAGAAAAGUUUAAUACACAAAUUAUAAAUUUCUUUUCAGAGGUAAAAAAUAAUGACCAUCCAUCAAUUGUGUUAAGUGAAGAUGAAAUAAACGAAUAUUAUUCUUACAAAAAUUAUCGAUCUAAUAUUAUGAACAAUUUAGAGGAUUACAUAUCAAGUAGUUACAAUAAAGCUGGCAGUGUUUUAAUUGAAGAAAAAAAAAAACAUUUAUUUUUACAAUCAAGAGAUAGAAUUGAAGAAAUAGGAAAAAUUGUUAAUAUUUAUAAUGAUUUAUUUUAUUCCUACUUGUAUAUAAUACGUGUUGAAUGA